AACCUAAGAACAAGAGUGCCUCAAGCCUUUCAGCUUUGAAUUCGAUCUUUUUACCUUCUCCCCUUUGUCUUCCAAAUUGAGGAAAAUAAAGUCAGUUAUGCUUUGGCUCUAGCCUCUUACACCUCCAUCGUCCCCGGUCUCUUCUGUGGAUUUGUGCCCCCUUCCUGGAGCUUGCCAAGGUACCCCGCAGGAGUGCGUGCCCCUCUACUCCAAGAACCUCCUCAAUAUACCCAACGUUGCGACCACCGUUGUGCACAAAGCGAAUGAGCAUAAGCGACUUGACACCGACUACGAACGCCAUGGCGUCAGAACCCAAGUCGUACUCGACCGACCCUGCACUGUACAUCUACACGUCGUUGACGGCUGGGUCCUCCCACAUUGUCACGGCAACGUCGCGUCUCGAGACCAUCCUGCGUGCCAACCGCGUGCCUUUCAAAGCCAUCGACAUUGCCACCGACGAGAAGGCGCGGAUGCUAUGGGGACGCCGUGCCGGAAAGGAUGCGAGUGGCCGCGUCCGAAAGCUUCCUGGGCUGGUGCAGAUGGGUAUGGUGCUAGGGGACCUCGUUGAGAUCGAGGAAUGGAACGAAUACGGCGAGCUCAAGGACCACGUCACCUUUUACUACGACGAGUUCACCCAGCCCUCCAUCAGCCAGGCCCCAAAGCAGCCUCCCGCAGCAGCUCCCAAGACGGCCGCAGCCCUGGCUUCCACGCCUGCUCCUCCAGCACCGCCAGCACCACCCGCCCCGGCAGCGAAACCCACCCCUACAGCCGCAAAGGCCACAUCGGCAGUCUCAACCGCCGCCGCCAAAGUCACCCUCCCCGUCCGCAGCGUAGCCGAAGAAGCAGCAGCUAAAGCAAAGCAAAUGCACCUGCAGUCCCUCCGAGAUAAGGUCCACGGCAAGGGCUCACCCACUUCGUCCUCAACCACCCCCUCCACCACCACCACCUCAUCCGCUCCCACGACAACAACAAGUAGCACCGCAGUAGCAAUCACAACCGAACCCAAAGCAGCAGCAGCCGAAUUUCUCGACACCCUCGCAGCAGAAACAGCAGGCCUCCAAUCGCCGACCUCGUCAGGCUGGAAAGCGCCCUCGGCCCCGUCAACGAUCCAGUCGCCCGGCACGACAAGCUGGCGGCAGACCGACGUCGAGCCGCCCGUGACCGAGCUGCGCGGGGCGCCGGUGGAGCCGGCCAGUCCCGAGGUGAUUGCGGCCGUGGAGCGGGCCGAGGCGAUUCCCGAGGCGCCUGAGGAGGAGGAAGACGACGAGGAAGAGGAAGAGGAAGAAGAAGAAGAGAAGUACGACGAGGAGGAGGAGGAAGACGAUGAGGAAGGUGAAAGUGACGAAGAAGAGGAGAAGGGGAGGAAGGUUGGGGUGAAGGAGAAAUAA